UUUUUCUUUACUAUACCCAUUUUACAAAUGUCGAAAUCUAUUAUAAGUAGUACUGCUAGUACCAUUACUCCAACACGAGCAUUUUUCCGGGUAAAUCAAGAACUUUCUACUCUGGCUCAAAGUAGACAAGUCUUCAAGGCUCUAGGUGAAUAUGGUGAUUUAGUUGAAUAUAAAGUAUUAAGAUGCCCAGAAACAUUCAAGAUGUUACGAUACGGAUUUGUUGUCUUCAAACACCAACAGGAUGCGAAAAAGGCCUUCAACGAUCAAUUCAUCAAGAUCACCUUGGAUCAGUUUGAUCAACCUUGCGAAAUCAAAGUCGAAGCUCCUACCAAACGUACAUCAUGAUCUCUAUCCCCCAUUCUCUCUACACAUACAUCUUUUUUAUCACCAUCUAUACAUAGUUACGUUUUUCUCUUUAUACCUUUCAAUAUAUGAUUAUUGAAGUUAUUAUUGUAUAUUAUAUAUUAUUAUUUUUAUUGUUAUUAUUAGUCUGGUUACAUCUUAUCUUUUCUAUUCCAAAUACAAAAUAAACAUACAUAUACAUAUUCU